CGCGGCGCCGCCAGCACGUGGUGCCCUUGUUGAGGGAGCUGCUCCUGCUGGAGGGCAGUUUCGACGAGGACGGCCACGACUCCGCGCGCCCGCCGCUGCCCCCCUGCGCCAGCCCGGCCCACGCGCUCCGGGGGCUGCCGCCCGACACGCCGGUGCCGCGCGUGGCGGCAUCCGUGGGCAGCGUCCUGGGCGCCAGGAGCCUGUCCGCAAGCCUGCAGCGCAGCAGCACCCGGCUGGCCCUGGAGGAGAUGAACAGCUGCAAGAGGAGCUUCGUCGACAAGAAGGUCCACCGCCGCGGAGCCGCCAUCUCCCCCGGCACCGGCCGAUGCGGCCUCUGCGGGCACCCCCUUGGGCAGAAGCCGCCGCCCGCCGCCUUCGGCGGCGCCGGCGCCGGGCCCGCGGCAGAGCCCGCAGGCGCCAGCGUGCCCUUGGCCGCGCCCGCGCCGUCGCCGCAGAUGGGCCUGGGCCGCCCCCGGCCGGGCGGCAUCGUGCUGCUCGGGCGGAAGGCGGUCCACGCGCAGUGCUACCUCCAG